GGAGGCUGGACGACACUCUCUGUUAUCGACUAUUGUAGCCUGGCGUUCCCAUGUUUCCCAUAGACUAGGCCCUCUGCGGAUUGGCUGGUUGGGGCAGAGGCUGCGGCGAUACGCGGAGAGCGGGCUGUGAGCACCAUGGACCGGUUGGCUCCGUACAGAGGGGAUGUCUUUGAUAAACCACCUUGUCGAGGCUGUUCCUCUUACCUUAUGGAGCCAUACAUCAAGUGUGCAGAAUGCGGACCUCCAGAAUUUCUACUUUGUUUGCAGUGUUUCUCAAGAGGAUUCGAGUACAAGAAGCACCAGAGUGACCACAGUUAUGAGAUCAUGACCUCCGAUUUUCCAGUACUGGAUCCCAGCUGGACAGCUCAGGAGGAAAUGGCUCUGCUGGAAGCUGUUAUGGACUGUGGAUUUGGAAACUGGCAAGAAGUUGCAAAUCAAAUGCGCACAAAGACUAAAGAGGAUUGUGAAAAUCACUACAUGAAGCAUUUCAUUAAUAACCCGCUCUUUGCAAGCACUUUACUGAAUAAACAAAGCGAAGAGGAAAAGAAUGUGGAUACAGCGGUUCCUUUUCAAGUUUCUGAUGACCCACCAAGGCCCACAUUCGAUUCAUUGCUUUCUAGAGAUAUGGCAGGAUAUAUGCCCGCAAGGGCAGAUUUCAUAGAGGAGUUUGAUAAUUAUGCUGAGUGGGAUUUAAGAGAUAUUGAUUUUGUUGAAGAUGAUUCAGACGUUUUGCAUGCUUUGAAAAUUUCUGUUGUGGAUAUUUAUCACUCAAGACUGAAGGAGCGACAAAGAAGGAAAAGGAUUAUAAGAGAACAUGGCCUUAUAAAUCUGAGGAAGUUUCAAAUUUUGGAAAGAAGAUAUUCUAAAGAUAUACAAGAGCUGUACGAAACUAUGAGAAGAUUUGCCAGGAUUUUGGGAGCCACAAACCAUGAUCGAUUUUUAGAAAGCCAUGCAUUGGAAUUUGAGCUGCGCAGGGAAAUCAAAAGGCUACAAGAAUACCGUAGAGCAGGAAUCAAAACAUUUCAAAGUUCCAAAAUAUACGAUCAUCUGAAAAAGACACGCGAAGAAGAGCGUUUGAAGAGAACGAUGCUUUCUGAAGUCCUACAGUAUGUUCAUGAUGGCAAUGCCUGUCAACAAUGGCUUAAGCGACAAGCUGCUAUCGUCCAUUUCUCCUGUAAGCAGAACGAUUACCUGACCGUCAAAGAAUUCCUGAGCCCCUCAAUGGACUCAAAGAAAAGAUUUUUUACGCUAGUACAAAAAUCCUGUUUACAUCUCCAGAAGAUGUUCUGAUUACCGUUUGUUGAAAUGCAAUAUCUGUAGGUAGUUAUUGUCAGUAAUGUCUGUUUAGUUAAAUCAUAAGUGAACAUGCCUGUGGAUAUACCCAUAAUUUACCAGGCACUGCUCUAAGCAGCUUCUUACUGCAGUCAAGUCAAAGCUUUUCCAGUCUCUGAUCAUUUAAUCUUGUCCUCUACCCUUUCAAUAAGAGCUGUAACUUUCCAAAAGAUGACCGUGCACUCUAGUAUAGCCCCAAUGUUAAGUUCAUUCUAGAAAGCUGCACUUAACCUGCUAAGCUUCUCCAUAGCAGGGUAAACAUGGACGUCUAGGAUAAAUGUAUCAGCGGGAUAGUAGCAGAGUGCAAUGUCACUUUUUUGCAAGGUACCUGUAAGUUAUAAGAUGAUAGUAGUCUGGCUGAUCAUAAAUGGAAUAUUCUACUUUCCAUAGGCAAGAUCUGUCCAGUGCACACCCCUCCUGGCCAAUUGAUCUCUGAGAAAUUCUAGUAUGAAUUAUUGUCUGGAUAGGACAUGCAUAUGCAUGCUCAGCUAGUGUGAUUGUGCAUAUUUAUGCCAUAAUAAUUUUACAGAAAUGUCAUGUGACUUUCAUUUCUUCCGAUCACUUUCGUUUCU